UUCGAACCUGCGACCCACAGCUGCAGAGUCGGAAAGGAGAACAACCGGAAUCUGGUGCACCCAAAAUUGCUAAUCGAGUUUUUUACCCUGAGGAUCGAUUUCAGUGCGUGGGAGGUAUUCACGGUACUAUGAAUACUAAAGAGAAAGUGCAUCUUUAUGUUGAGCAGCGGGGUUGUGAGGUGGACACUUCUAUACAUAAUGCACUAACAGAAAUAGCAUCUGCUGGUGUAUCACUUACUGAGCCAAAAGAGGUCAUUUUUGGGAUUGCAGGACAAAACUGGGGCCACAAAGAUGUAAUUAUAAAAAUUGUGAAUUCACAUAUUGUUUUUAAGUUAGGGCUGGUAAUAACUAAAGACCCAUUUAUUGAAAAGAAAUUUAAAUGUCCAGAUAAUACAUGUGAGUUUCAAAAAACAUCACUUUCGGAGCUUGCUGAGCAUCAUUUUAGGAAUCAUCGAAAACUAAAAGAUGAUGUUCCAUUUGAUGAUGUUGUUUACUUCUGCUGUAAUAAAAACUUCUUACACUUUGAAGUAUAUGCUUGGCACUUGUUUUAUGAACAUCAACAAACAGCAAAAGUGGACUUCAGAUUAGAAAGGAUUGUAGACGGGACCAAGAUGUUUAUCAACAGAUGGUUAUAUGAAAAUAAAAAAGUAAUAGCUUUUCAAGAUUUAGUUCUGACAGCUGUUAAUAUCAUUUGCAAUUUUGGAAAUUACUACAUUUUUAUGUGGAAUUGUCAAGACUUUGCUACCUGGUAUUUGUCCACACUCGGUCUGCCCUUAGGACUUCUUCCACCUACCCUAACCGACCACACAACGGGUACCGGAACAACAGGAAAAGUAAUUCAACAGUUGAAGUCCAGAUGGUAUAACUUGCAUAAGAGUAUGUGGAACCCUCCAAUAACAAGCCAUGAAACUGGAAUUUGUCUGUGUGUUUACUGUGAGUUUCUUCCACCAUUAUCGAUCAAUGCUUUGGUAGAGCAUUUACGUAUUGCCCAUAAUGCUACUCCCGAAACCAUGAACGAUAAACAAAAUUAUAGUGAAAGAGGAGCAGCUCAGGAGCUAGUCAGAGCAUUGAAUCCAGAAAAUCUGAAGUAUGUGGUAAAAGGCAAAUCGCUUAUGUUGGACUUUUACGGGGAUCGAAAGUAUACGGUCUACAGAUGGCAGAGUACAAAAAGUCUUGCAUCUCAUGUUUCUCUCGUCUUACAACCAUGGAGUCUUCAGAUUGAUAAUAAUCACGAAUGCAAAACAACCGACUCUAAACCUUAUUAUUAUUAUCAUACUGUGGAAAUUCAGCAGCAGUUUGGAGACUGUGAUGAUGUGGAUCAUAACCUUCUGGUGUGUCAACCACUGGAUGAGGUUGACAUUGAGAAGCUUAGAGUUGUUGGAGUUAUCUCUUCUGUAUCUAUAGAAAAUUUGCUUAAAUUACUUGUAGAAAUAUACAUUGAAUCGCUUUCUUCUGUCACUCCCACUGAUAAUUGUCUAACUUUUGCUCAACUUCUAGAAAUGAAGUUGGAGCAGCACUUCGAUCUUGAGAGAGAUGAUUCCAACAUUGAAAAGGUUACUUUUAAAGAACUGCUAUCGUGUUUUCAUUUAGGUUUUGUGCUGUCUCUGUUACAAGGAGCUAGUUUAUGUCAUUUCAUUCCAGCCAUCUUUGCAGCCACGUUUCCAUCUGCACAGCAUUGUUUGGUUUUCUAUUUUCUUAUUCAUGUGAUAUACAAAGUGGUAAUUGUCGUAUACGACUUUAAACGCUAUUUUUCCAGAAUACUUCUGACAGAAAGUCAAGUCAGUUGGAAAACUGCAUGGAGUGAGAUUAGUCGUGUACUUUUGCUGUACCGUAAGAAGUUUUUUCUUGAAAUGAUAAAGGUAUGCUUCCUUCUUUCCGAGAUAUGGGCUGUAUUGUCAAACCUAGAAAAUAUUCCAGCCCUUUUUACAAUCCAGUUUUCAUUUUUUAUGUUUGAGUCACUAUCCUCAAAAGUAGCAGAAUUUUGUGACGAACAGGGAGGCAAAUACGCCCUUUACCUUAAACUUUGUUUUGAUCAGAAUAAAUACCCAUCUCGAAUGUUGGAGUUGAUAGGAACUAUAGGUGACUGUGUUGUUUUAAUUUUGUUGUUUCUUUCUUUUUUGGGGCUGUCUAAAAUGCUUUUACUUUUAACUCUUGGGCCAAUGGCACACUGGUAUUUUUCAACGGGUAAUGGCAGAUAUAAUAAAAAAAUUAACACAUUUCUUCCAAGUCUGAUUUUAUUUGGUCACUAUUUUCCAAAAAUCAAGUCUUUUAUAUGGAAUGUGAUGUUUGUUUUAUUUACUUCUGUUGUGGUUGUAUUUUGUUUCUCAGAAAGUUAUGUACAUUUUUCUGCAUCCAACUCUAUCCAUUGUAGUUUUUUUCUUAUCUUCGCCGUGGUGAGACUGGCGUACCUUCAUACAGAGCGUAAACCUCAUUGGUAUGGUAUCGUACAAAUGGCACAAAAUCAACUAAACAUUGAAUGCUUCCCAGACUCUGAAGAAAAGAGAGUUCAUGCAGUUACAUUAAAAGAGAAUAUUCAGAAAAACUUAAAAUUUGUUUCAACUUUUAUCCAUUUAUCAGCAUUUUUGGUUAUUGUACUUGCUUUUGUAACCUUUAUAGGUAUGUUUUAUGUUUGGCAAACUCAUCACGACCUUAAUGUUGUUCUAGCAGUGACAAGUUGCAUUAUGAUUCUACAUUACAAAGUUACUUUGAAUUGCAGCACUUUGACAUUAUGUAUUCUGGAAUGUGCAUUACACUUGAAAUAUGACUGCAAGUACUAUGGAGCAAAUGAGACUAAUCCUGGAAAUAAAUCACCACCACAAAAAGACUUUUUGGAGUAUAUUGCAGAUAUGUGUGACAGAAGAAAAACAAUUGAAUGAACCUCAACUAAUUAAUUUUUUUUAUAAAAAAAGGGGAUAGUUAUCCAUUAUAUUUUCAGUAGGUUGUUUCUGUUUUGUAGUUUAAACUUUUCAACCUGUAUGUGUCUUGAAUAGAUUAUAAAAUGUUUAAGAUCAGCACUGGUUCAUGAUGCAGUGAUUUGAUCUUACUAGACCUGUA